CACCCCGUUUAACAAUUCGCCACAAAGGCAGGAGGCAAGAAAGCUCCGGCGAUUCCUUCUCCUUCCGGCGCUCUCCAACUACUUCCCGCUCCGUUCAACCGUCUGAUCCGUCUCAAUUUCGAGAUCCAUUCCGAUCCGUAACCGCCAAUUCUGCAAGUUGAGAUUUGGAGAGAAACGAUGGGAAUCAUAGAAACUGGAACCGUAUCAGGUAACUUGCCGAGCAAGGAGACGUUUGUAGUGCACUACCCUGGUUAUCCAUCUUCUAUCUCCAGAGACCUAGAGACUCUUGGAGGAAUCCAAGGGAUCACAACGGCAAGAGAGUCAACGUCAAACAAGCUUGAGCUGCAUUUUCGCCCUGAAGAUCCUUAUGCACAUCCUGCCUGGGGAGAGAGACGUCCUUGUAAUGGUUUUCUGUUGAAAAUUUAUAAGGAGGAUGUUAAGAGAGUUCCUGAAACUCAACCUGUUCUUGCCACUAGCGGUGCUUGCCCAGCUCUGUGUGCUGAUAUUGUAGCUCGUGUGUCUGAAUCGUAUUGCUUCGAUGGCAUGGUGGACUACCAGCAUGUUAUUCCUAUUCACGCGGAUGUUGCACAUCAGAGGAAGAGGAAAUGGAUGGAGGUGAAGCCGCUUGCAGGAAACGAUGAUCUCAUGGACAUGGCUGAUGAAGAUGUAAUGAUGUUAUUGCCACAGUUCUUUGCACCCAAAGAUAUGCCAGACAACUUGGUGCUGAAACUUCCAGGAACAUCGGGCCCCAAAAAGAAAGAUGAGGCACCAACUCAGAACCUUUGCGAGGACGAUAUUGGCCCAGUAUUUGCAAUUGAUUUCAGUGUCAAAGAGAUCCCAAAGGUAUUAAACUGGGAAGACUUCAUUGUUCCCAGCUCCGACCAAUGGCAAUGGCAAGUAGCAGUGUCUGCAUUGUUUGACGAGCGACCUGUGUGGACAAGAGAUUCCAUAGUCCAACGAUUACAUGAUAAAGGUCUUAAAUGCACACAUCACAUGCUAAACAGGUUUCUUCUUCGGUCUGCAUAUUAUUUGUCGGGUGGUCCUUUUCUUAGGUUCUGGAUGUUAUUGCCGCAGUUCUUUGCACCCAAAGAUAUGCGAGACAACUUGGUGCUGAAACUUCCAGGAACAUCAGGCCCGAAAAAGAAAGAGGAGGCACCAACUCAGAACCUUUGUGAGGAUGAUAUUGGCCCAGUAUUUGCAAUUGAUUUCAGUGUCAAAGAGAUCCCAAAGGUAUUAAACUGGGAAGACUUCAUUGUUCCCAGCUCCGACCAAUGGCAAUGGCAAGUAGCGGUGUCUGCACUGUUUGACGAGCGACCUGUGUGGACAAGAGAUUCCAUAGUCCAACGACUACUUGAUAAAGGUCUUAAAUGCACACAUCACAUGCUAAACAGGUUUCUUCUUCGGUCUGCAUAUUAUUUCUCGGGUGGUCCUUUUCUUUCUUUCAUGUCUUCAACAAUCUUAUUUUCUACACAUCAGUACAAGAAUGUUCGGAAAGAUCAUAUGUCUUGCAUAUGUUGUAGUCAUUUAUUCUUAAAUUUACUAGAACAGAAAAAAAAAAUCCAAGUAGGAUGUUCUUGAAAACUUACCAGCUGUGUCUUGAAUAGGAAAUGUUAUCCGUUGAAGAAGAUCCCAACUGUCUUCAAAAGUUAGGCAUCCUGGCUUGAAGGUGGCACAUUUUUUAUCUGCAAGUAAUGCCACGUCCUCACUGCGAGAAGUAAGUAAAACCUUCCAUCCUGAAAUACAUUAAAUAUUUUUGUUGUAUUACUAAGAUUUGAUCUUCUGUCUAAUGAAAUAAAAGUUGUAAUAUUUUCUUUAAACACUGAAAAGGUUAAUAAUGUAUGUGUAACAUAAGGAGAA